AUGUACGAUCCAGAGGCCCAGAAAAAAGCAGUUUUGAGCUUUCGCAAGGCAUUUAAGAGUGCCCCUUGGCUUCCAAUCUCCCAGAUACAGAAACAAUCAUUCCAUGAAAGACCUUUGAAAGGACCAAUUAUAGUUUCUAAAAUCGAAAUACCUCGCCCGAAUGAUGAGGAAGAAGAGUGCAUCCGAUCAAAGCUAUGGGACUUGUACACAGCAACCAGCGAAGGUAUUGAAAAGCUGGACGCUCCGACUCCAUGUUGCUCCUAUAUGGGUGAAUGGAUUGGAAUCAGGAAAGAUGCAGACACAACCACACCCCAGCUCAAUAUGAGUGAGAAGGAGAAAUUCCGAGGUAUUGAGCAAAACGCCGCUAACGACACUGUGAUCUUCUUUCUAUUUGGAGGAGCAUUCUUUCGCGCAGGUCCUCCAAGUGCUCGGCCCCUAAUGAAACAUCUGAGUCAAACCAGUGGAUCGCGUGUAUUUACCUUCCAACCUCGCCUUUCGCCUCAAUAUACCAUUCCGACGAUAUUAUUAGACGUCAUAGUUGCGUUCUUCUACCUUAUCUCACCUCCCGCUGGAGCAUUGCAUAAACCAAUUGACCCGAAGAAGAUCAUCCUUGCCAGUGACUCGGGUGGUGCACUUCUUCAUCUUCACUUGCUGCAAUUCCUACAGUCGCUUAUACGAUCUGCCAAGAACGAUAUACCAAGUUUCCGAUUCAAUGACCGAGACAUAUAUGCACAGAUGCCCCGGGGCUGUGCCUUUGUGAGUCCCGGCGCAGACAUGGCGCUGUCUCUACCCUCCGUCAAAAAAUUCGAGUCUUCCGAAUGGAUGUCCGAAGGCGCCCCGUGGUUGAAUCCGAAGUAUCCCACGGAUAGUAUCUGGCCCGCGAAUCCACCCCGGGGUGAUCUUCACUGCGACAAUUCUGCACUAUGUCACCCUCUGAUUGACCCAUCCACAUGGACAGACUGGUCUGGCAUGCCGCCUAUGUGGAUUGCUUGUGGCGAGGAGACGUAUACGGACGGAAUUAAUUUUCUGGUUCAGAAUAUUCGAGCAUCUAAUGUUCAAGUUACAUUUGUGCAGUAUGAGUUUAUGCCGCAUGUCUGGAAUGUUGUUAUGCCUGCCUUGCCUCAAAGUCGACAUUCGAUGAAGUUAUGGGGACAGGCUUGCAAGGAUCUUGCCUUGGGAAAACAACAAGAUUCCAGUGCGCAUUAUGUCAAACUGGGGGACUUGGAAAUGAUUUCAAUGGACUUUAAGGGCUUAUUGGAUAUCCCUCGGGAGGAAGUCUUGCGUCGAAUGCGCGCCGCGAGGGAUGAGCUUGCCAAGUUCGUCUGGACAGGCUCUGACGUAAAUUCCAAACUAUGA